AAAUUUACUGCAAGAUUCAAAUUGUUGAAAUGUAUUCAAUAUUGUUGCUUGCGGAUUUGGGAUUGAUGAACACUUUGUUCAUGAGUAUCAUUUUUCUCGUAAUUAUUUGGUACUUGAAGUGGCGUCGAUCCAGACAACAUCUUUACGAAGCAGCUAAAAAAGUGGGUUUGACAGAUUGUCAGAAGGAGCUUCCAAUAUUAGGACACAGCCUUUACUAUGUCGGAGACGCAGAACGAAUCAUGAGAAACCUGCAUUACGUUUCAUCGAAAUCCAGUGCGACGCCGGUCGGAUUUUGGUUGGCGCACAGGUUGUUCUUCUGUCUGAACACACCUGAGCAGAUGGAAGCAGUUUUGAGUAGCCCUAAAUGCUUGGAGAAGGAUGAUUUGUACAGGUUCUCCAAGCCGUUGGGAGGGAAUGGACUCUUCAGUUUAGAUGUCAAGACGUGGAAAGUUCAUCGCAAAUUGAUUAUGCCCAGUUUAAAUCAACGGAUCCUCGACAAAUUCGUCGACGUAUUCGUCGAGCGGUCCAACGUUCUAAUAAACGAUGUUCUUUCCAAAAAAGUAGGCGAAUUGUUCGACGUGGAAGAAUCCAUCACCGUGACUUCAUUGGAAAUAAUAACACAAACUGCAAUGGGAAUGAAAUGCGCGGAUAGUGAAAGUAUUCGCGUUUUGUUCGAAAGAAUUACCAGAGCUUUCGAAAUCUUGUACAUGAGGAUGUUCAAUGUUCAUCUGCACUUUGAUUUUAUAUUCAACUUGACCAAAUUGUCCAACGAACAAAAAUAUAUCGUUGAUUUCUUCAAGAACUUCAUCCGUUCGGUUUACUAUGAGAAAAAAGAAGAGUUUCUUCAAAAAAAGGAGAAAGUCGAAGAGGCGCAAAUCGAUGAAUGUAAACAGCGCAAAGUUUUCUUGGAUCAUCUCAUCGAAGUGUCGCAGUUGACGGAUGAAGAAAUUAUAAACGAAGUGCAAACAUUCAUGAUUGGUGGAUCGGACACUUCAGCUACAGUUGUUUCCUUCGUUUUAAUAUGUUUGGGAAUAUUUCCCGAAUAUCAGCAAAAAGUUUAUGACGAAAUCGUCGACGUCGUUGGGCUGGAGCGGAACUUCGAGUGCACGGAUAUACCGAAACUUAAGUAUUUGGAGAAAUUCGUAAAGGAAACGAUGAGAUUGUUCCCAAUUGGACCGUUCAUAAUUCGGAAAGUGACCGAAGACAUGGAAGUCGACGGCCACGUAUUACCAAAAGACAGCGGUUUGUUUCUUUGCAUAUUCACCAUCCACAGGAAUGAAAAAUACUAUCCGAAUCCCAUGAAAUUCGACCCAGAGAGGUUUUCCCCCGAAGAAAUUGCCAAAAGACAUCCGUACGCCUAUCUUCCGUUUUCGGCUGGUCCAAGGAAUUGCAUUGGCAUGAAAUUUGGAAUGAUUGAGGUUAAAACAAUAGUCGCUACUGUUGCAAGGAGGUACUUCAUAGAAACGAGCUUCAAAAGUGUCGAAGACGUACGACUUAAGCAAUCCUUCAUUCUCAAGAGUUGCCUCAGUUUUCCAAUCAAACUGACGGAACGUGUAGCUUCUUAACACACAAUUUGUUAUAUAACACUUUAAGUGCACCUCAAAUUUUAUAAUUCAAUGAGUUAACAUCAUGAAUCAAAUAUAAGUAUAUUCGCAAUAUGUUUCAGCGAAUAUUUCACAGUUUUGUACAAGGCAAAUGCAGAAACCGCGCUGCAACAUUCACAGCUCGCAAAUAAAUUUAAUAAUUUACAUCAAGUGGACUAAUUGGACAUAUAAAUUCGCUUAUAAACAAAGUUGUUGGAAUCAACAAUAAUAUUUUAUUAAUUGUUUGCAACAAGUGUUAAUUAUCUUACAUUUUCUACAUAUUAAUAAUCGAUUUUUGUAAUUAAAUAAUAUUUAUAGUUGUUCUAGAAACUUUUUUUUAUUACGAUUUAAGAUUUUUAUGUUCUAAUCAGUGGCGUAACUAGCAACAGGUUAUACAAAAAAUGUCUUUAAACUAAAAAAAAACUUUGUAUAUUUCGUUUAUAUACGAGUAUAUACGUAUAAAUCUUUUAAUAUUUGCAGCAACGCCACUGCUAUUUAUAUAAUUGUCACUUACAAGGUUCUUAAACGUUUAUUUGUAAAUUAUUAACAACCUC